UGACGGCCUGCAGCGACCCGAGCCUGUCCCCGGACUCCCAGGACCAGCUGCAGGACGAGGUGGUCCUGAAGGACACGGAGAUGGCCGCCCUGUCCGACAAGGAGACGGUGAACAACGAGAACGACGACCAGAACCUGGGGGGCAAGCGGCGCGGACCCCGGACCACCAUCAAGGCCAAGCAGCUGGAGACCCUGAAGGCGGCCUUCGCGGCCACCCCGAAGCCCACCAGACACAUCCGGGAGCAGCUGGCUCAGGAGACCGGCCUCAACAUGAGAGUCAUCCAGAUUAUCAGAGCGAAUAUUACGGCCCGGGAGGGAACUAUGACUUUUUCCCUCAGGGACCCCCAUCGUCACAGGCCCAGACCCCAGUCGACCUCCCCUUCGUGCCCUCCUCCGGCCCCACAGGCACCCCCCUCGGAGGUAUGGACCACCCCCUGCCGGGCCACCACCCUUCCAGCGAGGUCCAACGCUUCUCCGACAUCAUGUCCCAUCACCCCGGGGACUCUCCCAGCCCGGAGCCCGGCAUCCCGGGGCCUUUGCACAGCAUCUCGUCUGAAGUGUUCGGCCCCAGCCCGCCUUUUACCUCACUGUCGCUGAACGGCAGCGGAUACAACAACCACCUGUCCCACCAACCCUCGGAAAUGAACGAGGGCACCGUGUGGUAGCUCUCCAACGGACCCGACUCGACUGGGCCGGGGGGACUGAAGCCGGGGGGACUGAAGACGGGUGCUGCUGGAGUCCAAAAUGGGGGGACGAGUAAAACGACAGGGUUAGGGGCGACAUCACAGACAUUUGUUAUUGUUGUUUUUUUUAUUCUAAAUUUAUUAAUUUAUUUAUUUUUUCAUUUACUCAUUAUCUUCAUCUGUUUUGAAAGCUGACUCAACAUAUAAACCACGGCUAUUCAACUAGCGGCCCACCGGCCACAUCCAGCCCGCGAGUGACCAAAGUUCGGCCCGCCAAUCGGUUCAUUCAUCUCUUAAGCCCAAAACCCGGUUUUCUGCUUUAAUGACUCUGUUAUUUUAGGUAAACACAGACAUGUUUGGUGUCUACAGAAACGUCAGAAUCUUGGCUACAAACUGGUAAAAAACAUUUCUAUGAACA